AUCCCACUACCCACACUCCACAAACACAUUAUAAUUUAUAGUGAGAGAGAGAGUCUCCAUAAGCAGAACCAACAAAUUUUCAUCUAACUCUCUUUAAUUUGUUAGCAUAUCCAUGGGGACAACUGAUUCAAUUUAUCGCCGGCCGGCGUCUCAAUUUUACAGCUGUAUGUCUCCGUCGUGUAUUCCGGUGCACGAUGAAUACUCACGCAUAAAUGAGUGCCGCCGGCGAGAUAGCGGCAGCUGCCGGAGAUCGUGGAGAAAGUUGCUGAAGAAAUUGGUGAAUGAAGGGAAGAAUGUGUACGGAAAGAAGACUUUGACGUUUCAUUAUGAUGCAGUUAGCUACUCGCAGAAUUUCGAUGAAGGAUGUAACAGUGAUGAUUAUCCUCCUCCACGUCAUCACCAAGUUUACAGAAUUAAUGGACACAAGUAAAUGCAGUAUUUUUUUUAACUCAAGUGAGCAUAAAAUUAAUUAGUAUAUGUAUAGUAUCUUUCAAGAAUAUAACGCAAGCUUUAGCUGAA